AGACAUUAAUCUUUUACCGCUUUAGCUUCUUGAAACGCACGCGUAUACACACACGCACGGGGCACCAACAGCGUUUUAAUUGUGCUUGUGCUUCAGAGGCCACACACAUAUACACUCAGUAGCCGCGCGUUCGUGAAGCUGAAUGAGAAGCUCAUACGAAGCUUCAGAGAAGCAUUACACUUACCAUUCCUUCCAUCAAUCAACAUCAUCUUCAAACACAACACAACAUGUCGAGAAGAUAUGAUAGCAGAACGACUACUUUCUCACCGGAAGGUAGAUUGUACCAAGUAGAAUAUGCUAUGGAAGCAAUUUCUCAUGCCGGUACAGUCGUUGGAAUUUUGGCAAAAGAUGGUGUUGUAUUGGCAGCAGAGAAAAAAGUUACAAGUAAAUUAUUAGAACAAGAUACAAGUAGUGAAAAGAUUUAUAAUCUUAGCGAUAACAUUCUUACCGGAGUCGCAGGAAUCACAGCAGAUGCAAAUUCUUUGAUCAAUUAUGCUCGUAAUGCUGCUCAAAAAUAUUUGUUAGCAUAUGACGAUGAUAUCCCAGUCGAACAACUUGCUCAACGAUUGUGCGAUUUAAAGCAAGGGUAUACGCAGUAUGGUGGUCUGCGACCUUUUGGUGUCUCACUAUUGUAUGCAGGUUAUGAUGCCCACCAUUCUUUCCAAUUAUACCACUCUGAUCCUUCUGGAAAUUAUUCGGGAUGGAAAGCAACAUGCAUCGGAAGCAACAACGGAACAGCAACAAGUCUACUCAAACAAGACUACAAAGACGAAUUCACCAUUCAAGAAGCCAUGUCUCUGGCUUGCAAGGUAUUGAGCAAGACCAUGGACGCAACCACUUUGGACAGCGAAAAGAUUGAAUUCGCAACACUUUCUCUCGAUAGCCAUGGCAAACCUCUUCCACGUAUCUUCAAACCUUCAGAUAUCACAAGACUACUACAGCGCGAGGGUUUGGCAAAGAAGGAGGAGGGAGAAGCAGGCGCUACCGGAGCAGACUCGAUGGCUGUUGAUUCAUGAUGUACUAGACACUGUAAUAAUUCAUUCUCUUAAAUUCAAACAUCACAAACUGAGUAUGCAAAGACUGCAGCGUAUUUUGUCAUAAGAAUAAUCGUAUUCACCUGAUAACACAGACCGAAAC